AUGGAGUCUCGCUGCCAGCUUUGGCCAUGGGCAUUAUUUCUCCUCCUGGCCUCUCUGCGGCUGCUGGGCGCGCAGCACGACUGCUCCAGCAGUGCCUGCUACCCCCCCGGGGGGGAUCUCCUGCUGGGACGAGUCCAGCACCUGCGAGCCUCCUCCACCUGCGGCCUCACCAAGCCCGAGACGUACUGCACGCCCCACGGAGAGUGGAACAUGAGAUGCUGCAGGUGCGACUCCCGGCUGCCGCACUCUCACAAUGGGCACCGCAUCGCAAACGUGCUGUCCUCCGCUGGGCGCUCGCGGUGGUGGCAGUCCCAGAGCGGCAUGGAGCGCGUCUAUUUGCAGCUGGAUCUGGAUGAGAAGUUCCAGCUCAACGGCAUCGUGCUUGACUUCAGGUCGCCGCUGCCCACCGCGAUGCUGAUCGAGCGCUCCACCGACUUCGGCAAGACCUGGGAGGUGUACCAGUACCUGGCCUCCGACUGCGCCGCCGCCUUCCCCCACGUCCCCCGGGGCUCCCCCGAGAGCUGGGGGGACGCUCGGUGCCAGGCGCUGCCGGCCCAGCACGGGUACCCUGCGCACGGGGGCAAGGUGAAAUUCAGUGUCCAAGAUGUGGCAUCUACCAUUACUACCUCGUACAGCCAGGCCGUCAACGAGCUGGGGCAAUUCACCAACCUCAGAAUCAACUUCACCCAGCUCCCGCACGUCAUGCGCCAGGGCUACCGCUCGCCCAGCACCUUCUACGCCGUGACGGAAAUGCAGGUGCUGGGAAGCUGCUUCUGCAAUGGCCACGCCAACCGCUGCGCCCCUUCGGGAGACCCACACACCAUGGUCCAUGGACGCUGCGAGUGCCAGCAUAACACCGCCGGCCCCCACUGCGAGCGCUGCGCUGCCCUCUACAAUGCCCGCCCGUGGGCCCCUGCGGAGGACAACGACCCCCACGAGUGCCAGCGGUGCAACUGCAACGGCCACUCAACCUCAUGCCACUUCGACCCGGAGGUUUUCCGCAGCAGUGGCGGGGUGAGCGGGGGUGUCUGUGACAACUGCCAGCAUAACACAGCGGGGAACAACUGUGAGCGCUGCCAAACUAACUAUUUCCGCAACCAGCGGCAAGAUCUUGCCCACCCUGAAGCCUGUCUGCCCUGCGAGUGUGACCCCGAUGGCACAGUGCCGGGCUCCAUCUGCGACCCGCUCUCGGGGCGCUGCGUCUGCAAGGAGAACGUGCAGGGCGAGCGCUGCCACCUCUGCAAGCCGGGCUUCGCCCAGCUGGCCCAUGCCAACCCCAUGGGCUGCCGCAGAUGCUCCUGCAACGUGCUGGGAACGCGGCAGGACAUGCCCUGCGACGACGAGACGGGGCAGUGCUCCUGCCUGCCCAACGUGGUGGGCACUGACUGCGAUCAGUGUGCGGCCGAACACUGGGACAUGGCGAGCGGCCGGGGCUGCCGGCCCUGCGACUGCCACCCCGGUGGCUCCCUCAGCACCCACUGCAACCAGUUCACAGGACAGUGUUCGUGCAGAGAAGGCUUCACGGGGCGGACGUGUUCUGCCGCGCAGCAGGAGCAGGCCUGCCCAGACAGGCACUAUGGAAACGUCAGGGUAGGGUGCACAGAGUGCAACUGUGACUUCCAGGGCACAGAGGACGUGGGGUGUGAUAAGUCCACUGGCCGCUGCCUCUGCCGCCCGGGCGUCACCGGCCCUCGCUGCGACCAGUGCCAGCGGGACCACUGCAGCACCUACCCCAGCUGCGAGCCCUGCCACCCCUGCUUCCACGUCUACGACGGUGACAUCCAGCGCCUGCGCCUGCGCCUGCACCAGUCUGCCCUGAGCAACUCCAGCGUGCUGCUGCCCGGGGGCACCGGGGGCUCCCGCCUGGGCCCCCGCCUCUCGCAGGCGGAGGGCAUGGCACGGCAGGCGCAGGGCAUCCUUGGCCGCUCCCCUGGCACCGAGCAGGGCCUGGCCCAGGUGGGCAGCGCGCUCGCUGCCAUCAGAGAGCAGAUGCAAGGCAUCAACCCCAACUUUCAAUUUCUGGAUGUGACUGCCUCUCUAUCGAGCGAGCUCGAAGCCCUCAACAGCAGCCUGGUUAUUAUUAACAACCAGUAUCAGAGCAAGAAGACCCAGUUUGAAACCAGCCGCAGCACAGAUCUGUCAGGAGCCUUCCAGACGAUCAGAUCUGCUUACCAGACGUCCGCCAAUGCCAGCGGCCUCGUCGCCGGCGCUGCCGCGCUGCUGGCACGGUCCAGGGAGAACCGCAGGAACGCCGCAGCGCUGGAGGGGGCGGCCGGCGCGCACAGCGCCAAGCUGCUGGCCCUCAGGGCCGAGGUGGCCGUGUCCCCCAACCUCACCCCUGCAGUGAACAAGAUCUGCGGCGGCUUCCGAGUGGAGAAGUGCACUCCUGCCCAGUGCGAGGGGCUGCUCUGCCCACGAGACAACGGCACGGCCUGCGGGGCUGGCCUCUCCUGCCGCGGUGCCUUCCCGCGGUCCGCCGGGGCCCUCGGCAUGGCCACCAAGGCCGCCGGGGAGCUGGGCAGCCUGAGCGCGCGGCUGCGGGACACGGCGCAGCUGAUUAAAACAACGGAGACAUCUGCUAAUCAGAUUCAGAGCAAUGUCCGGCGGCUGGUGGAGCAGAUGAGCGUAACAAGAACCCAGAUUGAGGGAGACGUGCGGCGCAUCCAGCAGUUCAUCCAGCAAGUGCGAAACUUCUUGUCAGACAAAGACACGGACCCUGCUACAAUCCAGGAAAUCAGUGAGUUUGUUCUCUCGCUACAUCUCCCCACGGAUGCUGCUGCAGUCCUGAGAAAAAUGACUGAGAUCCAAAAUUUGGCUACUAAACUGCAGUGCCCAGAGAGCAUCCUGGCCCAGACAGCCGAGGACAUCGCGAAGGCCAAGCAGCUUCAGCAGGAGGCAGAACAAGCCAGGAACCGGGCAAAUGCCGUGGAGGGAGAUGUGGAAGAGGUAGUUGGGUAUCUGAGACGAGCAAACACGGUGCUGCUGGAGGCCCAGGGGGCUAUCAGGGGCUCCAGUUCCUCACUCCGGUUCAUCCAAGAGCGUGUUGAGGAAAUCGAGGCCGUUCUUGGCCCAGCUGAGAGGAACACGCAGGCCGUGGCAGAGCAGCUGGCAGUGCUGAGGGAAGGGCUCCGGCAGCUGCAGCAGGCGGCACGGCAGAACCGCCUGCGGGCCAGCGACGCGCAGCGGGUGGCGGCGGCAGCGGGCGAGAAGGCCGGCAGCGCGCAGCAGUCUUUCCAACAGGUGAAACAAAUGUACGCUGAGCUGAAGAGUAGGAUGGAACAGAGCCCAGCGCUGGGAGGGCAAGGCAGCCGGGUGCAGAGCAUAGACCAGGAGGCAAAAGAUCUGUUUGAGGAAACUUCGGCCAUGAUGCUUAGGAUGGCAGCUUUAGAGACAGAAAUUCAGGAAAGCAACAGAGCCUUGUUGUCCAAGUCAGCCAGGCUGUCAGGCCUGCAGGAGCGGGUGGGCAGGAUUCGGGAUGCCAUCAGCAAGCGAGUCGCCUACUACGACAGCUGCUCCUGA